GUUCCGCUCGCGAGGCAGGCUGGGAGUUGUAGUUCGGGCGGUUUCCCUCUUCUGUUCUCUUGGUCGCCGUCCUCCUUCGCCCUUGGCUCCGCCAUGCUGCCGCUUCUCCCCGCCGGACGAAGCCUCUUCGCCCGCGCCUUGGCCCUGGGCUCCCGGGGAUCCCUCCGGGGCUAUGCAGAGGCCGCCCCUGCCGCCUCAGGCCAGGCCCAGAUGGCCUUCACCUUCGCCUCGCCCUCCCAGGUUUACUACAACGCAGCCCACGUGAAGCAAGUGGAUGUCCCCACCCUGAGUGGCUCCUUCGGCAUCUUGGCUGCCCAUGUCCCAACCCUGCAGGUCCUGAAGCCCGGCGUAGUGACCGUCUUUGCCGAGGACGGGUCCUCUUCAAAGUACUUUGUCAGUAGCGGUUCCAUCACAGUAAAUGCAGACUCUUCAGUCCAGCUACUAGCUGAGGAAGUGGCACUGUUGGAUCAGCUUGAUGUCACGGUGGCCAAGUCCAACCUGGAAAAGGCCUUGUCGGAGUUAGCCUCAGCCUCCGAUGAAGCAGCGAAGGCAGAAGCCCAGAUCCGUGUGGAAGCCAGUGAAGCAAUCGUGAAAGCUCUGGAAUGAGGAUGGAAAUCCCACCCUUGGCUGUGAGGAAAUGGCUGUCUCUGCUGCGGACUUCCUCUUCCUCCUCACCUCUCUUUGUCUGGUUUGUACAGUUUGUGUGGGUAAAGUCCAACAAUUAAUAGUUCCUAAUUAAAGAAUGAAAAAGAAA